GUUUUGGAGACAUGGUGAGAGAGGCACAAUUGGCAACAUUCCACAGGCCACAAUCAACAACCUGAUCAACUCUAUGCAAAGGAGAUGUGUUGCUUUGUGUGAGGCAAAUGGUGGUCACACCAGAUACUCACUGGUUUUUCAAAGGAGAAGUGCUCACUAACACAAAUUUAGACAGAUCCAAAAACAACAUUUCAGAGAAAUAGGCUUUUUGUGUACAUAGAAAAAGUCUUUGAGUUCAGCUCAUGAAAAAUGAGGGCAAAAACAGUGUUGUGUUUAUAAUUUUGUUUAGUAUAUAAUCUAAUUUAUUAGUAGAAAAGUAGUACAUUACAUUGUUCACAGUGUGUGUAGAAAAGUGUAUUUAAUGUCACUCCAGUAACAGGGAAGCAACCUGAUAGUUGAAGAGAUAAAGGGUUAAACUUGGCAGUUGAGCAGGUGUUUAUAAUCGUUCAAAUCUAUUUACUUAAAAACAUUUAAAUCAUUUAACACAAGCAAGCGUGUCUGAAUGACUCUCGGGGGCAGUGUUUUGUGGGAGGAGAAUGAAGAAAAAGUGGCAGGUGGCCAAGCAAGCUCUAUGUCUCAACCUGUCUCAACCUCUCUCUCUCUCUCUCUCUCUCUCUCUCUCUCUCGCAGAAGAGUCAAAAGCCAAGUGAAAAAAGAAUAGUAUGACUCCCCUCUGCGUGGCUUGUGUGAGGUUAGACUGGAGCGGACGUUCCUGAAGGUCAACGUUCUUUAACGCUUAUAAAUUUGUUAUCUUGAGAGGAAUCUGCCUAGCCUUAAAAGCUCCAGCAAUCACAAGAGUGUGAAUGGAAGUCAGUGGAACAAAAACUGUAGUGUAAACACAGCUUCCGACUUGACAUUUUACGGUGGUCCUAUGUUGUCUGGUCUGCUUUGAAGCAAGAUUAUGCUUCAGUUUGACAAAGCCAGAACGAGUUUUCUUUUAUGCCUUGGUGUCAACAUCUUUAUCAUUCUAGUCAUUUAUUUUAAGGUCAGGUUUUCAAAUGCGCCAAAGGUUGCAUCUGUCUUGAGCUGCCGUCCAUUCCCUGAAAACUGUAAAGUUUUGCCACCUACCACCCCUUACACAAGCUGGGAAAGAACAGAAUGUCAGAACUUUAUCUACUUCAACAGUCCACUAAACUGCUCCCAUAUGCAACACAAGUUUCACUUUAUUAUGAAGACCCUGAGCAAAGAAGAGGAAGACUACCCUCUGGCCUUCAUCAUCACUAUUCACAAAGACCUGGAGAUGUUUGUACGUCUGCUCAGAGCCAUUUAUGCACCACACAAUGUUUACUGUAUUCACGUAGAUGCCAAAGCUCCAAAAGACUACAGAGAAAGUGUUGAGAGAUUAGCAGACUGUUUUCCAAAUGUCUUUCUAUCCUCAGUUAGCGAGACAGUGACCUAUGCAGGAUUUUCCCGUCUGAAGGCUGACAUUAACUGUAUGGAGGACCUGGUGAAGGCUCCAGUCAAAUGGAAAAAAGUGAUAAACCUGUGUGGCCAGGAUUUUCCUGUCAUGAGCAACCUGGAGCUGGUCUGGUAUAUGCAAGAUAAAGAAUGGAUCGAUAAUAAUAUGAGUCCAGGUAUCAAACAGCCAACUUACAUGCGAUACAGGACUGAAAUACAACACAUGGAAGUCACAGGUCAACAUGUGGUAGCCUUGGACCCAAAUAAAAAAAAGUCCCCCGCUCCACACAACCUGGAGAUCUACUUUGGCACAGCCUACUACAGUCUAAAAAGAGAAUUUGUGGAAUAUGUCCUUAACAGCACAGUGGCCAAAGACCUGUUGGAAUGGUCUAGGGAUACCUACAGCCCCGAUGAGCAUUACUGGGUAACGCUUAACCAUGUGAAAGAGGCCCCUGGCAGUGAGGUAGAUGGCGAAUGGAAGGGUAAAAUUCGCGCUAUUAAAUGGAGAGACCAAGAAGGGACAGCACACCAAGGCUGUAAUGGAACUUACAUCAGGGAUAUCUGCAUCUACAAUGUUGAGGAUGUACCCUGGAUAAUUGAGAGCAACUGCAUGUUUGCUAACAAGUUUGAGAGCACAAGAUUUCCUGAAGCUCUGGACUGCCUGGAACAGUGGCACAGGCACAAAGUCUUACAGCAGGCAAAGGUGCCCAUUCAGUCAUCAUGGAAACUCACAAGAGAAAUGCAAAGGUACCAGGCAGGAAGAAAAAGAGAUAAGGUCACAGUUAAUUUGUAAACUAAAAUUGCUUUACAUUGAAUAAUUAACCCAUGGACCAAGAGCUAUUGAUAAGAUAGGUCGAAAUGAUAUACAAAGCUGUUUUAUAUUUACUAAAACGUGGCUGUAAUUACAUUUUAAGGAACUUCAGAAGAAGUGUUAAGAACACUGACCAUACAGAAUAUUCAUUGCUUAAGGUUGUGUUAUUUAUAAAGUUUAAAUUAAACUA